AUGAGGCAAUGGUCAAUCAUUAGUCAUAUUGGCAGACAAAUUUGUCCGUUUGCACGAAUCAAUGUUCAAGCGCGAUACCCACCUAGAUCACUUUCUCAGUCUCGAAGAUUACACUAUUCCAUUUCUCAACGAGGUCCCCAGUUCGGACAGCCAGUAUACGAAACCCAUCCACAUAUUUUAAAUCCUGGCGAAAUAACACCAGGUAUAUCCGCCCUAGAAUACUCUACUAGAAGAGCUAAACUGGCCGCAAGCCUACCUAAGGAUGGUGUAGCUAUCCUAGCUUCUUCAAAUACGCAAUACCGCUCCGGAGCCGUAUUCCAUGAAUUCCACCAGGAUUCCAACUUCUUUUACCUAACAGGAUUCAAAGAGCCCGAAGCUGUUGCUGUUAUACAAAAGAUAGGGUCAUUCUCUAGCUAUAAAUUCUCACUUUUCUUGAGAGCCAAAGAUGCAGAAGCCGAGUUAUGGGAUGGUGCCAGAUCAGGCGAACAAGCCGCCUUAGAUGUGUUUAAUGCAGAUGAGUCCGGAGACAUUAAGAACCUACAUAAAUUACUCCCUUCGAUCAUUUCUGAAGCAAGUAUCAUCUAUACCGACAAUUCACGAAUUCUCGGCUGUGGAUCAACUUUUUCUCGUCUAGACUCAAACUCAAACGACAUCUAUAGCCUGAUUAAAGAUUACCGAGUCAAACCGAUAAGGCCCCUCAUGAAUAAUCUCAGGAUUCUAAAGAGUGAAGCUGAAAUACGAAAUAUGCGAAGCGCAGGUAAAGCCUCUGGUCAAGCAUUCACAAAUGCUAUGCGUCUCCAUUGGACAAAAGAAAAAGAUUUACGAGCUUUCCUGGACUAUGAGUUUAAAAUAAAUGGUUGUGACAACACAGCUUAUGUUCCAGUUGUUGCAGGUGGUCAAAACGCUCUAGUAAUACAUUAUGUUCGCAAUGAUGAUGUUCUAAGAUCAAAAGAAGUUGUGCUAGUCGACGCUGGUGGUGAGUAUGGUGGCUACAUCACGGAUAUCACCAGAUCUUGGCCUAUCAGAGGCAAAUUCACAGAUUCACAGAAAGAUUUAUAUGAAGCCAUUCUAGAUGUUCAGCGUAACUGUAUCUCACUCUGUAGGGAGAAUGCAAAUAUGACGCUUGACAAGAUCCAUCAGAGAGCAGAAACUGGCUUGAAAGAAAAUCUAGAACAACUGGGGUUUGAUUUUAGCCGCUAUCCCCUAAACUCCUUAUUUCCUCAUCACGUUAGCCAUUACAUUGGCCUAGAUGUUCAUGACUGCCCAGGUCAUAGUCGAACUGAAAACCUAAUUGUAGGGCACUGCCUAACUGUGGAGCCAGGAAUUUAUAUUCCUCACAAUGAUGUGCGCUGGCCUAAACACUACAGAGGUAUGGGUAUUCGAAUUGAAGAUAGUAUAUCUGUACAAUAUGAUUCGCCUUUGAUUCUCACAACAGAAGCAGUGAAAGAAGUUGAUGACAUUGAGUCGCUAAGAGACUAA